AUGUGCAAGUGUGAGUGGGACAGCGUGCACGUAAGCUACAGCUGCGUAACAAACAACAUGGCGGACAGUGCGGCCGUCGUAAAUAUAUCGACAACAACAACAACAACAGCUACAACAAGCGAGCAACAAAUAUUUGGUUUGCUGCGCACCGCCGAACAAUUGAAAAUCAAAGGCCUCUGCGAGCCGGCUGAGAAUGCGGAUGAUUUAAAUGACGCGGCAUCGGCGACAAUAACCGUAUCGGAGAACAUACAGCAGGCGGUUGUUGGGAACAUUGUGAACGCGAGCCUAGUGCCCGGCGCGCCCUCGCCCACAAUCGAGCAGCAGCAGCAGCACCAUCAGCAGCAACAGCAACAACAGCAGCAGCAACAACAGCAGCAGCAACAGCAGCAGCAACAGGAGCAUCAGCAGCAGGUGCAACAGCAACAGCAACUGGCGAAUAGUGCGCUGCUGGCACAGCAUACGCUUGCAACAAUCAGUGGCAUACAGUUGGCCAACGCGGCCGGGCAGCAGCUGCUGAGCAACACAGGCGGCGGCACAAGCAGCAGCUUGCAACAGUUGCAGCAGCAGCAACAGCAACAGCAGCAGCAGCAACAAUUGCAGCCAACGCCGCGCAAAUCGCGACUGCGUAAACGCUCCAAAUCGCCAGAUUUGCAACUGGGUGGCAACGCCGCCGGCCAGCAACCACAGCCGGCACAUCACCAGCAACAACAACAACAGCAACAGCAGCAACAACAACAACAACAACAACACCAUCAUCCGCAAACGAUACUCAUCCAGGGACAAAAUCAAACAUCGAUCGUGAGUCUACAGCAAACGGCAGACGGCAAUUAUAUACCGGUGGCAACAGCUGGCGACGACUCCGAUAGCGAUAACAAGCCGCAAAAGAUCUGCAAGACAGAGCAGUCGGUGGCCUCGCCGGCAUCCAACUCGUCCACAUCGAAUAAUGCAGCGGGCGUGAGCGGCCAGGCGAUUGUGACACAAAUUGUAGUAGCGCGCGACGGAAAAGAUAAAAAUAUGACUAGUUUAGGCAUGGGCAUGAACGGCGGUCUGUUGGGCGUGCCCAUGGGCUUUCUGGACUUUACACCGGAACCACCAGCACCAUCGGCCACACCUGUCACCGUAACGGAACACGUCGAUCUAUCGUGCAACCCCAGCACCGAUACACGCGAUCUAUCAAAUCCCACCGAACCGCUCGACAUUGACAAUCAUUUGGCUCAGCACAUCCAUCGGCUCGAUCAAUCUCCCAUGCACUCAAUAUCGCAUCACCAUGCAACCGGGGACGAGAGCAACUCGAAUCUGGCGCAGCAUAUCAAAAGUGAGGUGAUUGAGGCCAAGCACUUGGUGCAUGUGCAACAGCAGCAGCAGCAGCAACAGCAGCAGCAACAACAACAACAGCAACAACAACAACAACAGCAGCAACAGCAACAACAUGCACAUCAUCACCAGCACUUGCAUGCUCAGCAAUUGCUGGCGCAGAGUCAGCAACAGCAACACCAGCAGCAGCAGCAGCAGCAGCAGCAGCAACAACAGCAGCAGCAGCAGCAGGCGGCGGUGCAUGCGGCACAGCAUGCAGCGCUUGCCACGCAUGCGGAAAUCGGUGGCGCCACAGUCAUGGAGAUUGAUCCGAGCCAGAUUAAGCAUGAGCCGGGCAUGAUUAUAACGCCAGAGAUUGUCAAUAUGAUGUCCACCGGGCAUAUGGACAUGUACAACUCGGAUACGAGCGAGGACUCAAUGAUGAUCGCCAACGGUUCGCCGCACGAUCAGAAUGAGCCGCAUUAUACGAAUUUGGAUCAGCAGCACGGCGGCCUGGGUGGCAGCGUUUGCGGCCCCGGCGCCGGUGGUGUUGGUGGUGGUGGUGGUGGCGGCAUUGGUGGUGGUGGUAGUGCUGGCGAGAAAGGUCAGUUUAAUGGUCCCAAAGCUUGGACACAAGAUGAUAUGAAUUCAGCUUUAGAUGCAUUAAAGAAUCAAAACAUGAGCCUGACGAAAGCAUCUGCCAUUUAUGGCAUACCAUCAACGACCUUAUGGCAGCGUGCUCAUCGUUUGGGCAUCGAAACGCCUAAGAAGGAGGGCGGCACCAAAUCGUGGAACGAGGAUGCCUUACAGAAUGCCUUGGAGGCGUUGCGUUCGGGUCAAAUAUCGGCAAAUAAAGCAUCCAAAGCGUUUGGUAUACCCUCAUCGACGCUCUACAAGAUUGCGCGUCGCGAGGGCAUACGGCUGGCGGCGCCAUUCAAUGCCGCACCAACCACGUGGACACCCGAGGAUUUGGAGCGUGCAUUGGAGGCGAUACGCGCCGGCAAUACGUCUGUACAAAAAGCAAGUGCCGAAUUUGGCAUACCGACAGGAACACUUUAUGGACGCUGCAAACGGGAGGGCAUCGAACUGUCGCGUUCGAAUCCAACACCUUGGUCCGAGGAUGCCAUGAACGAGGCAUUGAACUCAGUGCGCGUCGGUCAAAUGUCCAUCAAUCAGGCGGCCAUACACUACAACCUGCCCUACAGCUCGCUCUACGGACGCUUCAAGCGUGGCAAAUACGAUGUCGUGGCCAAUACCAGUGGCAUCUCCCUCAACAAUACAUCGGGCAACACGACCGGCAGCAUUGAGAUUAUCGAGCAUAGUCAGGAGAAUUCGUUGCAUAUGUUGCAGCAACAGUUCCCGUACAGUCCGUCGCCGCAUCCGCCGACGCCGCAGCACCACGGCACGCCGCAGCACCACAGCGCGCCGCAGCAUCAUAGCACGCCGAUGCAUCAUAGUACGCCGCAGCAUCACAGUUCGCAGCAGGGUCCGCCGACGCCGCAGGGCAUGCAACAGCACGUGGUGCACAUGCAGCAGCAGCAGCAGUCGCCGCACCAGGCGCACCAUCAACAGCAGCAGCAGCAGCACAUGCAACAGGAUGUGGUCACAUCGAGCAGCCAGGUGGUGCAUAGCCAGCAACAGCAGCAACAGCAGCAGCAGCAGCUUCAGCAGAUCUAUCAGCAUCACGGCACGCCCGAGCGUAGUUGAGAAUCACUGCACGCUGCGGCAAUGCUAGGCGGCGGCGGCAGCAGUGGUGGAGGUGGAGGUGGUGGCGGCGGCAACACAACACCAACAACAGCAACAGGAGCAGCAGGAGGAGCAACACCCUUUGCCAGCAUAUCGGGCCUGGCCAGCGGAUCGUCGACUGCGCCGCCAUCAUCGAGCACAGCUGGCACCAGCAAGCGCAAGAAAGCGACUAAGCAAAAGCGUUGAGAAAGCGCCGCCGCCGACGCCGCUGCCGCCGCUGGCUGCGAGAGAGUUGAAGAAGAUGUUGGCAGCUCAGCAACGCCCACCAAAAGCAACACAAACGCCACCGUCGCCGCCGCCGCCGCCGCCGCCAUUAAAUUUCGCUUCAACUCGAAGCACUGGAAGCGCAAGUUAAAACAGUUUCAUUUGUUGUUGUCGAAACCAACUGGAAUAGAAGAAGCGCUCGCUCAGCAAGAGAUGAGAGCGCCAAGCGAAGAGAGCAAAGAUAAGCAAAUAUAAGAGAGAACAAUUCAAGCGAAGAGCGUAACUUUUUGGCAGGAAUUAAAAGCAAGAAAAAAACCAAUCAAAAUUUAAAGAGAACAAUUUAUUCAAAAUAUAUAUGAAAACAUUACAUUACACAAUUUAGGAUGUGUAUCAAAUGUAAAUAUUAAUUUAAUAAUGUUAAUUGUAUAUGAAAUAUGCUUUACACUAAACUACACACUACACGACACGACACGACACAGUUUUCAACUCGACUCGAAAUUGAAGAGCAGUUUGUUAGUUAUAUAAUAUGGGACAACUUGGAUGUGUGUUAGAUUUUUCAUACAUUUAUAUAUUUUCUUUGAACGAAACAUUACAUUACAUAAAUUUAAGCGAAAUGUGAGCAAAAUUGCGGUACAUCUUCUUUUGUAGCAGAAUUCUGAUAUAAUUUACAUUUGUUCGUACUGUUUUUUCUUCUUCUUCUAAUUAGUUUAGUGUGAGACUGAAAGUGCGCCCCAAAUUGUAAGAGCAACAGCUGCAACAACAAUUGUAUAGGCAACAAACACACACACACACAUAUACACAUACACACUCUUACACGUACAUAUAUACAACAUACAUAUAUACAAAUAUGAAAAAUGCUUUAUAAUUUUGUCUAGAAAAGAAAGAAAAGUAAAAAAUACCUUAAAAAAUAUAGAAUUAAACCAAAAUCAUCAAGGUCUUAGAAAUUAAACUCAUUAGCAUGUAAAGAACUUUAAGCAAAUCACAAAAACAAAGGUUAAUUGAAUUUUAAAAAGCAAAAGCGUGAAGCAAACAAAAAAAUAAAAUUAUAAAUAAAAAUAAAAACUUAGCUAUGUAUAAGCAGAGAAAAUAAAUGUAGCAAAUGCAUAAUUGUGUAAUUGAAGUUAAAUGAAGAUAAGCACAUGAAAUGGAAAAUGUAUUUUUGAUAAAAGAAAGAAACAAACGAAACUAAUUUGUAAAGAAAUUCAAAACUUUUGUUAAGAUGCCAGCAAACAAAAUGUCAAAAGCAGAGCAGAAAGGAAAAAACUACAAGAAAUACAUGCACACACACACACACACACUCACAUAUUUAGAAACUAAUGUAAAAUCUUUGCUAGUGUAGUGUCUCGACAUACAAAUAAAGCCCCAAACACCUCUACUUGAUCCCAAAAUAUAUAGAAAAACGUGAAA